AUGUCAUCAAAAACAUUAAAAACAUACUCCAUUUCAAAUACCCAAUAUGAACUAUACAAUGCUCGACUCAUUGAAGAUUUUGAAAGACGCUAUGAAUCAUCCUAUGAAAUGGCACAUGACAUCGACUUGAAUAAUUUUGAAUUGGUCAUGACGCUCGGACAAGGCGCUUUUGUACUCGAGCCGGAUAAUGUUGAAUAUGCUCUGAAAGUUCUAGAUAAGUCUCGAGUUGUGAAAUAUAAUCAAAUAAAACAUGUUCAAAGUGAAAUACGUAUCCUCAAUGCUAUUCAACAUGCGAAUAUUAUUCGAAUGUAUUCACUUUUCCAAGACAACUCUCAUCUUUAUGUCUUAUUAGAAUAUGUUCAUGGUGGUGACUUAUUCAGUUAUUUGAAUCGAGAUCGAUUGUUUCCUGAACAUAUUACUAUCUUCUUUGCCGCUCAGAUCGUUCUUGUAUUUGAAUACUUACAUUUGUUCAAUAUCAUCUAUCGAGAUCUGAAACCUGAAAAUAUUCUAAUGGAUACUCAUGGAUAUUUAAAAGUUGCUGAUUUUGGUUUUGCAAAACGCAUUCGUCAACGAACAUACACACUCUGCGGCACACCUGAUUAUUUCAGUCCUGAAAUCAUCCAAUCGAAAGGUCAUGGUAAAGCAACUGAUUGGUGGACUUUAGGAGCAAGAAUGCCUUGA